AUGGGCGCUCAUGGAUCUAAAGAGAAACUUUCACGUUCAGCAUCUGAACGUUUUAUUCAUACACAGGUAAUUGAACGUGAAAGAUUUGGAAGUUUUGGUAAACGAGUAAAAGAUUUAAUUAAAUUUCUUCUUAUGAUUCCUGGAUUUUUCCAUCAUCUCUUGAUAAGAUCAGCUAAAAAACGUGAUGUACGAAAUUUAAGUAUAUCACCAACAGAUUUGGGACCACCACCGAAAACUCAAACACCGGUAACAACACCGAAUGGUGUUAAUCGAACGAAAAUAAUUUCAACGAAUACAACACAAAAACGAAUUUCACCGAUUCAUUCACAAACAAAUUUGACACAAAAUAAUAAUAAUAAAAGUUCACCACCACCUAAGAAAGCUACACCUAGACGUGUUUUAGAACAAAAAUCAUUAAAUAAAACACAAUUGAAAGAUCAUAAUCGGCUUUUGAGUCAACAACAACAACAACAUCAAAAUGGUAAUUUAAAGAAUGGUAGUAACGCUAUUAAUGGUACUGUUAGCUCAAAUCGUAUAAAAGAUAAUAAUUCAACAGUAAUUGUUGCAACAAAUACACCAUUAUCAGUUUGUAAUGGUAAUUCACCAACAGCUGGUACAAAAUUACGUAAUGGAAACAUUAAUUCAACAACAAAUUCAACAACAACAUCAAAUCAUGGUUCACCAAAUAAUUUACAAAAGAAACACCUGCAAUCUCAACAUCAUCAACCUGGUCAACAAAAUGCAAAAAUUUUACAAUCACAACAUUAUCCAAAACAACAGCAGAGACAUCACCAACAACAGCAGCAACUGCAGCAACUGCAGCAACAACAGCAGCAACAACAACAGCAGCAGCAAGAACAACAAUUACAUCAAGACCAAGAUGAACAAGAGGAAAAUGAAAAACAACAACAACAAGAUCAUCUUGAACAAGAACAAAAUCAACAUCAUGGCGUUACAACAACAACAACAGCACAAAAUAGUUGUAAAGCAUCUUUAUUGGAUUUAAGUAUACCAGAAGGCAAUAAAAGUAUUGAAGCACUUGGAGUACUUCUGCAGUACUUAGUCUAUGAUCUUGACGCUUUUACUUGUCCUUCAAUCAAAAAUGAUUACCAGCAAGCGCAAAAAACUCUAUUACAAACACAAUCAUUAUUGGAUGAUGCUAGAACAACUUGUCAUGAUUUACAAGAUCAGUUGCUCGAUAAAGAACAUUAUUAUAUGACCAGAGAACAAGAAUUGCAGGCAUUACAUAGAUGUGAAUUAACCAAAGUUGAAACAUCUUUAAUUGAUUUCCAAACCAAUGCAAAUGAACGUAUUUCUAUGUUAAAAUCUGAGUUAUUAAAUAAAGAUGAAGAGAAUAAGAAAAAAUUGGAAUUAUUUCAACAGCAAUCUGAAUUAAAAAUUCAACAAUUAGAAAAGGAUUUACAAAGAUCACGAUCAAAUGAAAAUGAUUUAUUAAAACGUAUUGAAAUUUUAACAGCAAAUGAAAAUGAAUUACGAGAUCGUAUACAAGACAGUGAAGAUAAUUAUGCUAAACGUUUACAAAGUGGUGUACAACGUGAACGUGACUUAAAUGAUAAAAUAUCAUUACUUACAAAACAAUUAGAAAUUAUGCGUCUCGAAUCUGAACAAAGAGAACGUGAACUUGAAGAAAAAUUUAAUUUAUCACAAAAUGAAUUAACAAUAAUUAGAAAUCAAAAUUUAUUGGUAUCAUUAAAUAAUACAAAUUCAUCAUCAAAUAGUAGUAAUGAUGAUAUUAAAAUUAAAUCACCAAAAACUGCACAUGGUAAUGCUAAUGGCUGUUCAACAGUAAUGUCAUUAUCUAUGUCAUCAAAUAGUAAUAGUAACAGAGUACAAAUGUUAGAGAAUGAAGUUGAAAGUUUAAGAAGUGUUAUGGAUAUUAAAUUAAAUGAUAUUUGUGAAUUAAGAAAGAAAAAUCAAGAGUUAUUGAGAGCAACCGAAGAAUUUGAGGCAUUAAAAAUUAAAUAUUCAGGAAUGGAAUCAAGACUAGAAGAUUUGCAAAUUCAAUUAAGAGCUAAAGAUGAAGAAAAACAGGAAUUGCUAUCUAAAAUCAAACAUUUACAAGAAACAUGCGCCCAAGAAGCUAAAAACCGUACCAGGGUACUACUCCAUAAUGAAGAAUUACAAUAUCGCCUUAAACAAAAUUCAGAAAAAUUCAAUGCAUUUGUUGCAGAACUUUCUAAAACAGAAUAUAUGUCAAGCUCAAAAGGUUCAUUAUUAUUAAGUCAAGAUAACGCAGAUUUGAGUCAAAAUUCUAGUCUUAAUUCAACUACCAACACGUCGUUGAGAGCGAAUGGAUGUCCAAUGACAGGAUUAACUUUUGAAGAAGAAGAUGAAUCACCUCCUGGUUCUCCAAUAAUUAAAGGGGUUGUAAAGAAAAGUGAUUCUGUAUCAUGGGUCUUACAAAUGGAUGAUGAAUUACCAGAAGUGGUAGCGUCACGUAUGGUAAAACGCGCUGGAUCUUUUAGAUCUAGCUUUAAUGAAAAACUUCAAAACGCUAAGAGGCAAUUAUCGCUGCCAGCUGGGCAACCUUCAGUUAAUGGUAGUGGUACUAGUAAUAAUAUAUUAAAUUCCGGAAAUAAUCCUGGUAUUAAUCCAUUGCAACAAUCAGCUUCAGCGACCAUGUUGAAUCCCCAAAACCAAACAAUACCACAUCAGCGGCAACAUUCCAACAGUGAAAGUGAAUAUGGCACAAUAUCUUCACCAAGAGUGCGUUCAAAAUCAAUUAAUAUUAAAGGGUGUGAUCAAAAGAAGCAAUCAAAACAAACUUCACAUGGAUCAUCUUCAAAGAAAUGUGAUUCACUAAGCUCGUGGAAAGAACCAAUUUGUUCAAGUUCACCAUACGCGCGUCACACGUCAAAAUUUCAAAAACUAUCACACUCUCCGCCUAAAGGAACAACUUCAAAUGUUUUGAAACAAAUUACAAAAUCAUAUUCACAUGAAAAUGAAGAAGAAGAUGAUGAUGAUGAAGAAGAAGUUGGUAUUGCUGUUGGUGCUACAAGUUCUCCUGUAAUUAAUAACGGUGUUAGUUGCAACAAUGAUAUUAAUUCUUCAAAGCCAGGAGAUAUUUUUAGCCGUAAAAGUUCUAGACACUUAAUAACAUGUGAUACAUUGGCACUAACGACGAAUGAACGUUUAGAAAUGAGACAAUCUUCUUCAAAUGUAAUGCCAUCACAUUCAUCUGUACAAGAUUUAAAAUCGCUCAAAAAAUCUCAACCACAAAUACAAGAAUCAGCUGGUGAAGCAAUGGUAUCCGGUACAAAUUCAGAAGAUGAAAGUUGUUCUGGAUCUUCAGAUGAAAGUCCAUCACAAAGUCAAUCGAUAAGUAGUGAUACUAAUUCAUCAAGUUCAAAUUCAUCUGACAAUCAUCAUCAUCAUCACCAUCAUCACCACCAUCAUCGUAAUCAAAACAAAUUGGAUGAAAAUUCUUUAGCAAUUGAAGAAGCAUUAUUAAUUGAUAAAUUUGCAAAUAGUCUUGAUGGUACACCAAUGGAAGUUAGUUGGUCAUCUGAUGCUGAACCAUUUCCACCAGAAUCUAUAGUAUGACAUGAAUAUAUUUAUAAUGAACUUGAUUUAAAUAUUGCUCAUAAUAAUCACAUUAAUGAUGUUGAUAAUGAUAAUAAUGAUGACAAUGAAAGUCAUGAGAAUGAACAUGAUUAUAUUUGUGAUCCAGAUGAUAACGAUGAUGAUGAUAUUGAAGACGAAGAUAGUUUUUAAUAAUUAAUUGAAAAUAGAAUAAUCAGCGAAAUUUAAUCAAUAAAAUAUUAUAAACUUUAUAAAAUAAGCAAAAUAUUUUGAAAUCCUGAAUUGAAAACUUUUAUAAGUAAAAAAAUAUAUUUUUUUGAUUAAAUUCGUUCAAUAAUCAAAAUUUCAAACUAUCAUCAUCAGAUAUAGAUUUUGUUUUUUUUGUUUUUUUUAUAAAAUAAGUAUAAAUAAUGAAAAUAAUUAAUAAUGUGAAUAAAUAAAAAUAAUAAUAAGUUCUUAUUAUUAGACUAAUAAAACUUAAAUGUUUUUGUCUAAAAAAAAAAAAAAAAAAUUGAUGAUACCCCCAGUAAAUAUAAAAUAUUGUGCUCUAAUAUCUCUAACAUUACAAUGAACUCUCACAAUAAGUAAUUUGGAAAAAAAAAUUGUCAAUAUUUUUUCUUUAAUUUUGUUAAGAAAAUUUUGUUAAACAAAAUUUUCAAAUACGAUUUAAAAAUCUCGAAAAGGAAAAAUUUCUGAAAUU